AGGCUUCGACGGAAGUGGAACAAACCAAGCGGAAACAGACUCACGCGACAACAGAGGCCAGCUCGAAUAUGGAAAACUUUUCCCCUGAACCAAUAUAGAACUGAUAAACGCAACUCGGAGUGAAGUUCAUGAAUGGCCAUGACUAAUUGUGGUCGCCCAGCGGCAGUAGCAGCACCAGCAGCAUUCGUUGUGUGAGCCCCAAAGGUGGUGGAGGUAUUCGUCCAACAAAAGAUUUCAGUAUCUCGGUAUCUGUAUCUGUCGGUGUCUCAUUUGAGCGGCUCGAAUGAUCCGCCGCCUGUAAUUAUGACUGCGUGUAGAAAUCAAUAAGCGGAGGAUGGCCAGCAAGCCCAUGAGCAGCAGCUGCCAGAGCAUUGCGACGGCGGCCAGCAGUGCGGCGACCACGGCGGCGGCGGUCUCCAUUCCGGCCUCCAAUGCCACCUCCGUGGGCUCCCUCAUUGCCGCCGCCUGCCAGCAGCAGCAGCAGCAGCAGCAAUAUUCGCAGUCCCAGCAGCAACACCUCUAUCAGACGACCCAUCAGCAAUCAUCGCACUAUGUCAACGGGACCGGCAGCCUGGGCAGGCUCAAGUUCCACAAGAGUCUCGAUGCCAGCGACGAGGAAAUCGAAUAUGCGCAGCUCUCUCGUUCUACCCAUAUCCUGGGACGCCACAAGUCGGAGCGAUUUCUGGCCUCCAAUCCGGAUGAGGACCGAAGACGUCGCACUAUAAUCGUGGAGAAGAAGAACAAUUCGUACGGGUUCACCCUCCAGAGCUACGGAAUCCACUACAAGCGGGAUGAGGAGCUGGAAAUGAUCACGUAUGUGGACUAUGUGGAGUACGGGGGUCCCGCCUAUCGUGCUGGAAUGCGAGAGGGCGACGUAAUACUCUCCAUCAACGGCAAAGACAUGGAGAAGGCGGACCACAAGACCAUCGUUGAGUUUAUCAAGCAGUGUGACACCAGGAUGCGAAUGGUAGUACUUUUUGAGGACUGUGUACGGAAGGUGGAUCUCCACAUGCGCUACAUCCAACUGCAGAGCAUGUUGCAGCAAAAGAUGAACGAGCUGGAGAGGGUUCAUUUGAGGGAGCGGGAAUUGUUGGAGGGCAAGUGGAAGACGCACAGUUUGCCAGCCCGGAAGAAGGCCAAUGCGAACACUUCGCCCAGUGACGGGGAAGGAGUUUCACCCACAGAAGCCAGUGGAGAAACGGCCUUCUAUCGCCCCGCCCUGUCCACCGAGGAUGUGCCAAACAUGGCGGCCCGCCAGCAGGGAGUGGGUGGACCAGGAAUCAUCCCACCUCCCGCUCAGUUUAUGCUCACCUACCACUACCUGGACCCCACUUACCGGUACGUCCUGCGACCAACCCACGGCAGCUCCGAGGAUUAUAUAGAUGGACUUGGCCUGCAGCGGAGUAGCAGCGAUCACCAGCCGCCGGCACAGCGUUAUAUCCUCCAGCGAACCGAGUCCGUGGAUACGAAUUCGAUGACUCAACCCACAGCCACGGCGCCUACUCAAUAUCACAGCGCCACUGGGGGAUCGGCGGUGAAGCCACCGGCACCGCCACCUCGCACCUGUGAAAAGCACAAGCCACCGGCUAAACCACCAAAAACCGAGAAGGAAAAGUCCACCGGGAAGCAUUGCCAUGUGGGCCACUCGUGCAAUCCCUGCCUGGGUCACUUUCGCUGGAAGUCGGCGGAGAAAUCAGCGGUUCCCGCGCCAGAUAAUGUCAGCCUGGAUGCCUAUGAUCUGGCCAGUCCCUGCUGCGAUACGCAUUGUGUGCCAACGCGAAGGCGCCAUCGGCAGCACAAGGAGCAUACGCAUAAGCACAAGCACCGGGAAAGGGAGCGGGUGGAGAGCAAGGAGCAGAGAGUCAGGCCCAAGUCCACAUCGCAUGCCUCACCCAAUGCCAAUGGAGGUGCAGGAAAUGCAGGGUCAGGGCAUCACCACCAUCAUCAUCAUCAUCAUCACAGCCACGAGCAACAACAGCAGCAGCAGCAACAACAGCAGAUGCAGCAGCCGGUUCCCCACCAUCAUCACUAUUCCCACCAGGUGCAGAAUCCCUGCCAGGUGCAAUCGCAAUCAGGAAGCAUUCGCUCCCGGUACUUUGACUUGGCCUCCGGUUUGGCCAGCCACUGCAGCUUGCAUUCCUGCACCUCGAGUGAGUUUGCUCCAGGGGAUACGGCCUCGUACACCACUUCCAUCAGCACGGAUACUUUGUUUUGGGAUCCCAAAAGCGAGACGGGUCAGUCCCGGCAGCACUCCACCAAAUCCAGGCAAUCCUACGAGCAGCAGCCACAACAGCAGCCGCAACAUCAACCACACCAGGGGCACCACCACCACCAUCAUCAUCCAGGGGAUUACCACCAGCAGCGGUAUCAUGUGACCGCCAACCAAAUGCAGCCCCAGCAGAUCUAUCCCAAUACCAUUGCCUAUGUCCAAAAGCCCAAGUCCUGGGACAAUCUGGCCAACAAGGCGGGCUAUAAUGUUGGCUACGGUUACCUCGACACGGUGGCCGUUAAGCCGGCGAUUAAAAUGCAGAUUGCCCAGCAGCGACACUCGAUGCCGCGAAGGAAUCCGUACGGCAGAUACUCCACCUACGGGGAUGUGGAGAACUAUGCACCACCGCCCACCGAAUUUGUGGGCGAGCUGACCACCACCACAACCACUACGAUCACGGCCAAGUCCACGGAGGAGCUGUUGGCCGCCUGCGAUUGUUUGACGCCCCAGCAACAGGCUGCCAUCAAGGCGGCCCAGUACCAGCUCAGCCAGAACCAGAAGCUGACCCACCAGAACUCCUGCCAGAUGGGAUACUACUCGCACCUGCCGCGUCCCACCACCGAUGUGGGCACCUCCACCACCAGUCAGCAGGUGCACGGGGCAGGAGAUGUCCAGACGACGUCCGAGGCCACCAGGUUGUAGGUUGUCUAGGCCGCUAAAAGAUCCAACCAGGAACCGUCUUAAGAAUAACAAAAGUGCACUAUGAGUUGAAGAGUAAAAUAGGUUUUAAAUUAAAUCAGUUUC